AUGAGCGUGACGCGGCCCGAGGCCGGCAGCGCAACCGUUAACAGGAGAAGACACACGGGGAACAUGUGCCGGCGGAGCACCGCCCACCGCCCAGAGGCACCACUCCCCUCCUCCCUCCUCCCUGUCACUCACUCCGGAGCAGCAGCGAGGACACGCACACACACACCAACUCCCGAGACUUCACCUGUGCUCUACCUGGUCCACUCGGUGUGUGUGUGUGUGUGUGUGUGGGGGGGGGGUUUGGGUUUGGGUUCUCCCAGUGGGACCAUGUGGAAGACGGCUCUGGUUCUGUACCAGCUCUUCACUCUGGGGCCGCCGCUCCGGGCUCAGGACUCCGCCGGCAUCGCUCCCCAGGACUGUGGACUGGACUGUGUGCGACAGGGGGGACCUGGGUGUGAAUACUGCAGGAUAACCCGAGCUGACGUCAGGGCGGCUCUGGGUCUGAACUCCAUCGCGGGGUUUGGAAGUUGCAUUCCCUGGCCGUGUUUCGAGUUGCUCGGAAAAGAAGACCGAGGACUCUGUCAGCACUACGUCCACGCGCCGAAGGACGUCACGGUGGAGUUUGGAAACGAGCUCGAGCCAAAAUCGGACACCGUUGUCGUCUCCUGGAAGCCGAGCCACUACGGGAUCGCCUUCCUGCGAGGCUUUCAGGUGUACCUCCAGGCUCUGGGAGGAUCCGGCGUCGCCUGCCAGCUCUUUCUCUUCCACCGAAACCUCUCGCUCCCGGCUUCACAUGCUCAGAGGGUGUACAAGUCGGACCCUUUCCCCGGCCUCCACCUGGGGUCCGAGUAUGCCGUAACCGUCAUGGCGCUGCCGGUGCCGGAGGAGUGGGAGAGCUUCUACAGCAGCAAGAUCUUCUCCACCCGCUCGUGCGCCGAGAAGAACGGUCUGGAGCGCUGCAAGAAGGACUGGUACCCCGAACACAUCGAGGUCCAGCAGGAAGGGAGCGCCAUCAAUGUGACCUUCAACCUGGCGCCCCCGAACCUGGGCAUCAGAGCCUACUUCUCCCUGUGCUACGCCAACGGCAGGAAGACGUACACGGGCAUCACACCGAGUUCCAGCAAAAACAAAACUCACCACAGCUACCAGAUGAAUGACCUCGAAGAAGGAACCAAUUACACCUGCGAGAUUGCAGCGGACGAAGUGGAUGCAGUGAGGAAGAAAUUCAAUGUUCAGGUCCUGCAAAUUAAAAAAGGAGGUUCCCCGACACCCUCGGCCACUCCCUCCUUGGCUCUGAUUCUUCCACUAUGCCUGACUGGGGUAGCCAUAUUUGUAGUCUUAUUGGCUGCUCUCACCAGGCGGAGGCCCGAGCUCCGGGUGAAGAAGCUCGACAUCAAACCAGAUGUUAUCAAGCGGCAUCAGGAGAGCGGGACUCAGGAGGAAGUGAUGUCGUUGCCCAGAAAGAGGCUGGCCCCUCCUCGUCUUCUGAUUUGCUACAGCAGCUGCGAUGGCCCCGCCCACGUCAGAGCCGUCAUGCAGUUGGGGGGCUUCAUCCAACAGCACAUGGCCACUCAGGUGAGCAUGGACCUUUGGGACUCUCUGGGCGUGGCCGAGGAGGGCGGCGUGGCCUGGCACUGCCGGCAGAUCCGGGAGAGCGACUUCGUCUUGGUGGUCUGCUCUCGGGGCCUCGGACGCAGGCCGACGCCUCCGACCGGCGACGGCGAAGACGAGCGGGCGGACGCGGGGCUUCGCUCCGGGUCCGACGCGGCCGUCCGGCUCGUCGGCGCGGAGGUGGGCCGAGCCAAAGCCUGGGGCCGGGACCUGUCCAAGUACAUGGCGGCCAUCUUUGAUUACUCUGACGAAGCGGACAUCCCCGCGGAGCUGAGGCUGGUGUCUCUCUACGCUCUGACCCGGGACUUGCAGCUGCUCUUCUCGCACCUGCAUGCGUUGGCUCUGCACGGGCCGGGGCAUUACCUGAAGGUCGACCACAUCUCAGAGGAAGGCUACACCGAGUUGCCGGCCGGAGCGGCGCUCCAGUGGGCUAUCGCUCAGGCGCGGGUGGCCGUGACGGCAAAGAGGCGGGGUGUCAUUUAGACCCCGUUUACACGAUGGGAAAACGCAUAUAUUUUCAUGCGUUUUGGCCUUUCAUUUACACAAAAACGGAGGUUUUAUCACGGAAAACGAUCAUUUAUAAAAACUCCGUCCAAAGUGGAGAUUUCUGAAAACUCCGUUUUUGUGUUUGCGUGUGAACGAGGUCAAACGGAGUUUUAGGUUGUCAAACGUCACAUAUGCGACUAAAAAUGCUUCACGUCAUGUGAGCGUCCUAUGUUUACAGUUGGUUUGGCCGCUCCUACCAGGGUUGCCAGGUCUGUGACAAAACCAGCCCAAGAUCAGAACUCAAAAUAUGCCCGUGCCAAACCAUAUACACUGCUUUUAAAGUGUGUGUAUGUGGACGUGUCCAAUGUCCAUGUGUGUACGUGCUGAUCUGGAGUCAGUUUGGUAGGAUUUGUGUUUAAAUAGAUUAUUUCAUUUAAAAUAUGGAUUUUUAUUUCAAGAUAUUCAUGUAAUUUGCAUGCAAAAUAGGUCUACCCAAACCAGCGGACAACAAAUUCAACCCGCGGCAACACUUCAAAAGUAGCCCAAUUCUGCGGGAAAACCGCGGACCUGGCAACACUGGCUCCUACGUCCAGUGUCGACUGCCUUCAUUUUCGUUGUCAGGUGCGCCCGAGUUAUUUCCUCCUUGACAUGAGGAAGCUCCUCGGAGGUCUCGAGUCUUGAGAAUUCGGAUUGGUUUGCAUGUCUUUAUCCUUCUCGUUACACUGCCGACUACAGGUUUGGCAUAGUUAUGAUGGCGCCCGGGGG